AACGACGUCUAAUAUUUUUCUGUUCUAAUUUAUUGCAAGAAGCAGUUCCAUGGUUUUUGCGAAUUGGUCGUCAGCACUCAGCAGUCCACAGAUAGAUUCCAACACAGUGUCGAAACUGCUCAGCGGUCAAACCCCGUCCCUCUUUCGGUCUUGUUCUGUUCCUGCUGAGAAGACUUUGGUCCUACCGAACAAGACAGAUCUGGAAUUGUAAACUCCACACCACACACACAGAGGAGGAGGGGCUUUGAGAUGGCAAGGACGUCUUCUUCGUCUGGGGAAGUGGAGGGGGAGAAGGAGGAGCAGAAGCAGCAGCUGCACAAGGAGAAGAAAAAGGCGUUGGGAUGGAUAGAAUGGCUGAGAGGCUGGCUCAAUUUGAUUUACGAAAUUCUGUUCCAGAGGAUUAUCGCCAGCCACUUGCAGAACCCUUUGCCUUUGCCUCCAGCCAACGAUCUCUCCUGCAUUGUCACAGGCUCCACCAGCGGUAUCGGUCGCGAAAUCGCCAGGCAAUUGGCAGAGGCAGGGGCGCACGUUGUGAUGGCUGUGAGGAACACCAAAGCUGCGCACGAAUUGAUCCAGAAAUGGCAGAGCGAAUGGUCCGGAAUGGGUCUCCCUCUCAAUAUCGAGGUGAUGGAGCUUGAUCUUCUCUCGUUGGAUUCUGUCGCUAGAUUUGCUGAAGCAUGGAAUGCACGUAUGGGACCUUUGCAUGUUCUUAUUAACAAUGCGGGAAUAUUCUCCAUUGGAGAGCCACAAAGUUUUUCAAAAGAUGGGUAUGAAGCACACAUGCAAGUGAAUCAUCUGGCUCCAGCAUUGCUUUCAAUAUUGCUUUUUCCAUCUCUUAUCAGAGGCUCUCCAUGUCGAAUUAUUAAUCUGAAUUCCAUAAUGCAUUAUGUUGGCUUUGUUGAUGUAGAAGAUAUGAAUGUUGUUUCUGGGAAAAGGAAAUAUACGAGCUUAGUGGGAUACUCGAGCAGCAAGCUAGCACAGGUUAUGUUUAGCAGUGUCCUCCAUAAGCGGCUACCUGCUGAAGCUGGCAUUAGUGUAUUAUGUGUAUCUCCUGGAAUUGUCCAAACAAAUGUUGCAAGAGAUCUUCCGAAGAUUGUUCAAGCUGCUUAUCGUCUGAUACCCUAUUUUAUUUUUAAUGCUCAAGAAGGUUCAAGGAGUGCUCUUUUUGCGGCCACAGAUCCUCAGGUUCCAGAGUACUGUGAAUUGCUGAAAGCAGAUGAGUGGCCUGUUUGCGCUUUCCUUUCUCAUGAUUGCCGUCCAACAAAUCCUUCAGAGGAAGCACACAACAUUGAGACUUCAUACCAAGUGUGGGAGAAGACAUUAGAGAUGAUCGGACUCCCUUCUGAUGCCUUGGAGAGGCUUCUACAAGGGGAAGAAGUUCGAUGCCGAUAUGGGGUGUAGUUUAUGAAACCCUAAAUCAUAUUCAAAGGGUGCACACUUCUCGUCCAGGACGCCGUUAAGGGUGGUUUCUUAAUUGAUUGCAAAGUGAUGACCAUUCUCUUAUGAAGUGGAGGAGAAAACUGAAGUGCCUGUCAUUCUGGUGGCAUUUGAUCUUAGUUGUCUGGUCGUGUCCCUCCUUGGUUCAGUUGCUGUAUACUGAUGUUGUGAAUUACCAGUUUUAUUUAUUGGUACAAUGCUAACACAAGGAGCAGCUAGAAUAGAAUGCCACUACGUCUCUAUGGUUAUGAAUGCCAUAAAUAUUUCUACAAUCUGUGUGAGCUCAACUAACCUCUUGAAUAGAUUUAGCAACUUCCGUUGGAGCUUUGAUUUUACAAGUUUUACUUCAUUAUGUUGUUACA